CAAAACCCCUCUUUUACCUGGAACCCAACAAAAGCCCCUCCACUGUCUUUCCCAUUUCUGACCGUUGCUCCCUAAAACCCUCACUCUCACUCCCCCCCUCUCAGCAUCAAUGGCGAGGCUUGGCUUCGCCCUUCUGCUCCUCUUCUCCUCCCUCCCUCUCCUCGCCGUCUCCAAGUCCACCAUUGAGCCCUGCUCCGGCUCUGACACCUGUAACGCUCUCUUGGGCUACACCCUCUUCACCGACCUCAAGGUCUCCGAGGUGGCCGCGCUCUUCCAAGCCGACCCUAUCGCCAUUCUCACUGCUAACUCCAUUGAUAUUUCCAUCCCUGACGUUGAGAACCACAUCCUCCCCUCCGGCCUCUUCCUCAAGAUCCCCACCCUUUGCUCUUGCUCCGAUGGCAUCCGCAAGUCUAUUUCCACCCGCUACAAGACCCGCCCUGCCGACACUCUCGCCUCCAUCGCCAACUCCAUCUAUGGUGGCCUUGUGUCCGCCGACCAGAUCAAGGAUGCUAACUCUAUCUCUGAUCCUGCUGUCAUUGAUGUCGGCCAGAACCUUGUGAUUCCACUUCCUUGUACUUGUUUCAACUCCACGGACAAUUUUCUUCCUGCUGUGUACCUUUCUUACGUUGUUCAGGCUGAUGACACUGUUCCUGCCAUUGCUGCUCGUUAUUUUACCACCGUCACUGAUAUUAUGAAUGUGAAUGCCAUGGGGAGUCCUUCUGUUAGGGCUGGAGAUAUUCUUGCUAUCCCUUUGCCAGCUUGCGCAUCAAGUUUCCCAAGGUUUGCCUCUGAUAAUGGUUUGAUUGUUGCAAAUGGUAGUUAUGCCAUCUCUGCAAGCCAUUGUGUGCAAUGCAGCUGUGGCCCAGGAAAUCUCAAUUUGUAUUGCACACCAGCAUCAUUGGCAGUCUCUUGUUCCAGCAUGCAAUGCAGAAACAGUAAUUUAAUGCUUGGAAAUGUUACUUCCCAACAAACCAGUGCUGGUUGCAAUGUCACCAGUUGCACAUAUGGUGGUUUUGUUAAUGGAACUAUUCUCACUGUAUUGUCCAGAUCCCUUCAACCGCGGUGCCCAGGUGUGCACCAGUUUCCUGUGCUUAUUCCGCCCCCAACGACAGUGAUCCAUGAGUCAUUCCUUGCGCCAUCACCAUCGCCUUCUUCUUUUCAGUCCGGUGGUCCUGUGACAACACCAUCCUCAAAUCCAGCAGGAACAUUCUCACUUCCCGGUGUAUCCCCUGGCCCAGCUGGAAGUACGUCCAUGGCUUCCUCAUAUAUCAAUUCAUUGUUUCAUUAUCUGAGCGUCCAAGUAUUGUUCGGAGCUAUUGUAUUGCUAUUGUAGAUUGUGGGGCAAUUUUUUGCCAACAUCUGUACUUGGAUGAGUUUAGUUUUGGUUUAUUGUUUAGGGUCUAGGGCUAGGGCUAGGGCUAGGGCUAGGGCUUGGUGGCAUGUAAACUGUACUUGGUUUGGAAAGUUGGUUCAUCUUCUCAUUUUGCCAUGGA